AUGGGAACUGCGUAUUUUGGUUUCGUGCUAAUUAAUUUCUUAAAUUGUAAAUUACUCAUAUACAGCAGACAUGGUAGUUCGCUGGACGAACCACUCAUAGUACAAACUAGCAACAUGGGACAGCAGACAUCACGAAAGAGUGGAGAGUGCACUUGUGGGUGUGGAGCGUGGGAGAGGCGCCGGUACACAGAGUCCCCGAGCAGUGUGCAUCGGUACGUCAGUGCAGUCACCGACAGAUGGAGUGCCAGAGACUGUGCAUGUAGGCGAAGACGUUGGCGACGUCCAGCCUGCGUUUGUACUGCAUACCGACGCGUCAGUGACGAUAGACUGGCAGCUGUCCUCACACUGGGAAGGGAUCUAAGAAGAGAAUUAGAUGCCAUUGUCAUAAACACAGAUAGUGAAUCGAGCAGGGAUAUUGGGGAACAAACCGCUGAGGUGUACGUCCUUUCCGUCGCUCCCAGAAAUGAGGGGGAGACAUCACAAGAGGGCAGGAGAAAUGAGUUGACGCAAACAAAUGAUGGCUCUAUACGGUUACAUCCACACUUCCAGGUGGUGUGCGGGGGAGAGCUGCGUGCGUUACUACUGCGUGCGCCCGCCGCGCCGCCGCACGGGCACGCGGCCCACGCUGCCCACGUUGCCCACGCUGCCCACGCUCCACACACGCCAACCGCCAAAGUGCAUACACAGGUGGACUAUAUCCACUGUUUAGUGCCAGACCUCCAGGAGAUAACAGCCUGCGCCUACUACUGGGGCAAGAUGGACCGAUAUGAGGCCGAGCGGUUGCUGGACAACAAGCCUGAAGGCACAUUCCUGCUCCGUGACUCGGCUCAAGAGGAGCACCUGUUCUCCGUAUCGUUCCGCAAGUACGGCCGGUCUCUGCACGCGCGUAUAGAACACUACCAGCACCGGUUCAGCUUCGACUCGCACGAUCCGGCCGUCUUCGCUGCACCCACUGUCACCAGACUCAUUGAGCACUAUAAGGACCCGGCCUGUGUGAUGUUCUUCGAGCCCAUGUUGACAGCACCGCUGCCCAGGACGGAACCUUUUUCCUUACAACAGCUUGCCCGUGCUGUCAUUGUUUCACACACCAGUUAUGAUGGUGUUGAGCAACUACCUCUACCCGCUCGUCUUCGGGCAUUCCUCAAGGAGUAUCACUACAGGCAAAGGGUGCGUGUGCGUCGGUUGGAGCCAGAUCUGUAUGUGCCACAUCACUGCUAG